CUUCGCGCAGGAAGCGUGGGAACGAACUGGCCUCGGACCACCGGGUGGGCCGCCCACUCGGUUUCUAGCCAGACCCGGGACUUGCCCUGAAAGGUGCACGAGACGGACAAGGAGAGAAAACAACCUGCUCCUUAGAGCCCCAGCAAGAACCUAGGUCGGUCGGUCGGUCGGCCCGGAGCGCGGGCCCAGCGGAUCCAAGCCCCAAGCCGAGGCCCAGUGCCCGCUGCCGCCGCCCAGCUGCCCCCGCGAGCCCGGCGCAGUCCCGCCCCUGUCGCCUGGCAGUGGCCCCGCCUCCCGCCCGCGGGGAGAGUUCCGGCUGGAGGCGGCGGCGGUCGGCAGGUCGCCGGGUGGUGGCUCCCGGAGUCUUUUCCCUCGCUCUCAGUCCCAUCAAGUUAGAGCCCUCGUCCUGCAGAGCUAGAGAGUGAUGACGUUUGCCGAGGAGAAGACUUUCGAGUACAUCCGCCGCAAUUACCGCAAGUUUCACCAUAUUCCUGUUCUGGAGAUUCUGCCUUACUUGUCUUGCCUCACAACCAGUGACCAGGACCUACUGCGGGCCCACCUCUAUCAAAAGGGGAACCGGAACACCAUUUGGGAUCUCUUCAACAGCCUUCAGCGGCGCAGUGGCUGGGUGGAGUCCCUCAUCUGGGCACUGAGGGCCUGUGAGCUGGCUGCUCUUGCUGACGAAGUGGACCGCGUCUAUCAGAGCAACCUGCCUCUGAGCCAGAGACGCCCCCCAGCCCCACCGCAGCCGCCGUCAGUUCCUGCUGAGACACCAGGGCCCUCCACACCCGCUGUGGCCCCCAGUGCCUCUCACAAUAGCUACAGAGACGAGGAGCCAAGUUACCCCAUGCCUGUCCAGGACACCCAGUCGCCAGCGUCCCCGGGAGAGAAUUCAAAGAAGUCCCCACAGACAGACAGCUCUGAGGCUGACCUGAGGAGGCCCAGUGGCCCCCAGGAGCCCUCCUCUGACAUGGCGUCCCUCAGUCCCCUGACCUCCAGUGGGCCUCAGGAGCAGGAAAAAGAACUGGGCAAUACCCACAUAACAGACAUGGUCUCCAGCAUUACAUCAUCCCAUGGGCCUGUGUCUCCAACUGUCUCCUUCCAGCCCCUGGCCCGUUCUACCCCCAGGGCAAGCCGCUUGCCAGUGUCAGCUCCGUCUACUGGCACCUUCUCCUCCUCUGCAGGGGGUGCUAGUGAUCAGGCUGAAACUACCACCUGCUCCAGUGGAGUAGCGGUACCCACCAACUCUGUGACCACCAGCACAGCACCUUCCGAGGUGCCCCACCACUCAGCACUUACCAGCACAGUGCCUUCCAAGUUGCCCACCAGCUCAAAGACCCCUGGUAUAAUGUCCUCUAAUGUGCCCACCAGUCUAACACCUUCCAAGUUGCCUAUCAGUUCAACACCUGCUGGCACAGUGUCACCCAAGGUACCUACUGGCUUGGUGCCUGACCACAGGACGCCCACGAGCUCGGUGUCCAGCAAGGUGCCUGCCAACACAGCACCCACCAUCAGGAGUAGCAGCAGACCCUUGGAGGAGACGCCAGUGUCUCCAGCGCCCACAAGUGCCACUGCUAGAGGCAGCUCACCCUCUGCAGACAGCCGCUCCAGCAGCUGGGGCUCAGGGCUGGAGCUGAGCAAGCCAGGCGUGCUGUCUUCCCAGAUAGACAGCCAGCCAUUCUCCGGCUGCUCUGCGGACCUUGCCAUCAGCUACAGCAACAACACAGACUCAGGACCUGACAACACUCCAGAGGAGAAUGAGUACAUGUCAGGGGACAUCCUUAGAAUCCAUGUAGCUGAGGGUCCCAGCGCUGACCUCCUGGCAGGCAGUCCUGGGCUGCACGCUGCCUCCCAGCUCAAGGAAAAGAAGGAAUUGCUGUGUGAUGGGAAGGCUCAGAGGGCUCCAUGGCGUGGCGUGGCUGCUGCCGGGGCAGGGGUGCUCCUGGCCACAGUCCUAGUAGUUGUGCUGUACCGGCGGCGCCUACACCAGUGAAGCCCUCUGCCCUUCCCACCAUGCAUCUGCUCUGUUCCCAUUUAUACAUCUGUCCUGAGGCAUGCAGCCAGUCCCACUCUCCUUGUCCCUUCCUUGGGCCUGGCAGAGGCUGGGUCAGAGGGGGCUGCAGCCCUCGGGGGAGGCUGUGCCAUUGCUGACUGAAUCCUGGGAGGCAGCAUUUCUGUCCAGCUGGUGCAUUCUGCAGCUUCCUUACCAUCCUUGGCUUUCUGGGCGCAGGCAUAUGUCCUGUGCCCUCCAGACCUGCCGCCCAGCAGUCUGGGUUGUCGCCUUUGUCCUCUGGAGGAGGUUCCUCUGUCCACGCCUUAUCUAUGUUUGCCAUGGACCAGGAGGUGCUGCUGAAGAAUGCAAAGGGUUGGCCAACCCUAACGCCCAUCCUGCCCUGGUCCCCGGCAGCUAACGGGUGUCCAGGGAGAGAUCCACAGGACCUCGCUCCUGAGGCCAUUGCCUUGAGAGCAAUGAGAGAACCCUGGAGCUGCUUCUGUCCCCUGCCCCUUGUGUUCUCUGCCCAUGCCAGGAAAGGGCGGGGAGGAGCCUGGAGGAUCCUAUAGACCCCUGGGAAGGCCCCUUUCCAGUCUUCUCACCCCCUUCUCAGCUUCCCCUUCCUCCCGGUCCCCAUCCCCAUGCAGGUUGGGGAGGGGCCCCCUUUGGGGCAGACUCAGGCUGAAGUUUGGAUUUCAGCUUCACCCCUUCCUGGGCUGUGUGGCUUGGGCAAAUAGAUGAUCAAACUGCUCUGGUCUUGCUCUCCCUCAUGGACUGUGAAUAUCAUGGUUCAUCCUUCACUGGGUUCUAAUGAGAUUGAAGCAUACAGGUGUUUGUUAAGUGCCUGGCCCAGAGCAGGUGGCCACUAACUGCUUCUCCCACCUCUCCCCUGCCCACUCUGAUAGAGACGAGGGCAUGAGAGGCAGAGUGCCCCGUGGGUAGGAGUAGCCUAGGCCUGAAUCCCGCUCUGCCGCUCACUCACUCUGUGCUCUUGGGCAAGGUGUUAACCUCUGUGCCUGUUUUCUUAGCUGUGAAAGAGGGAUGAAUAGUAAAAAUAAAUAAAUAAGUAUAUGUAUA